GCCUCAUUCACCAUCUUUUGUCUCCUCCUCUUAUACUUCUAUUAUUAUAUUCCUUUCCUUUAUUUUUCAAAAAAAAAAAUCCCAAAAAAAAAAUAAUAACAAAUAACCUAUAUUUACAUAUUUUAAUUUACACUCUAAAACUAUUAUACUAUGUUCUCCUCCAUGACAAACAUCACAAAAUUUGCAUCACCUUCAACUUCAACUUCGACUCCGGUUCAGACUCAGACUCAAACUCAGACUCUGAGUCGAUACGAGUCACAAAAAAGAAGGGAUUGGAACACUUUUGGACAAUACCUAAGGAACAUGAGACCACCCGUGCCAGUGUCACAGUGCACGUGCCAUCAUGUCCUAGAGUUUCUUAGGUAUCUUGAUCAGUUUGGAAAAACUAAGGUUCACUUACAUGGGUGUUCCUUUUUCGGGCAGCCGGAUCCUCCUGCCCCAUGUAGCUGCCCAUUAAGGCAAGCUUGGGGCAGCCUUGAUGCUUUGAUCGGACGGCUCAGAGCUGCUUUUGAGGAACACGGUGGGUCCCCUGAGAUGAACCCGUUUGGAAAUGGGACUAUUAGGGUUUACUUAAGGGAAGUUAAGGAUUGUCAAUCUAAAGCAAGAGGGAUUCCUUACAAGAAGAAAAAGAAAAAGAAGAAGGUUUUGAAAACAACCGAAGGUUCUUCUGCUUCAAACCCUCACUUCUAAGCAUGAAGACUGAAAAACAUGCACAUCAAAUCGUUCAAGUGAAAGCACUUUGCUCGUGCACUUGCUCGUUCGCUCGUUCGCUCAUUCGCUCAUUCGCUCUAUUAUAUAUAAGGGCUAAUAAGGUAAGUUAUAUCAUGAAAAGAAUGUAUAAGGAUUUGGUUAUCUCCAGGACGUUGUAUCAUACAUCUAUAUUGUAAUAUUAGUAGUAUACUUUUUCCAAAUUUUUCAAGAUCACAUUAUGUGUUGUUGGUGGCGGCCUAUCAUACUACUUGUAUUUAUUCACUUAUGCAAAGCUCAUUCCUUUGAGAAUUUGAGAG